GUUAGCCUCUCCCCCUUACUUUGUGGUCCUCAUUUACGACAUGCGGGGAUUUGUGAGUGCCCUGUCGUGCUGCCGGGUUCCUGCUCCGAAAGCCAAUGAUAGUGAAAAGCCUUUUAGCAAAUCUUCCCAAAAAACAGCAAAAUCUCCUCCAAAACGCCGUAAUGAUCAGAGGAUUUUACUGUUGGGUACUGGUGAAAGCGGAAAAAGCACCUUUUUGAAACAAAUGAAAAUUAUUGCUGGAAAGAAAUUUAAAGAAGCCGAACUAAUGACGUUUCGUGAUAUAAUUUACGAUAACGUGUACAAAGGCGUCCUCUUCCUCUUGCAAGUACGUACGUCUGUUGAUACCUGUUUCGCCAUUUCAUAG